AUGACCAAUAUUCCCACAGUGCCUUGCAUCUUCCUCCAACUGAUGGAUUCCUACAUCUUGCUUCUUGGGCCUGACCCCUGUCCUCAGUCUGACACUGCAGAAAGGCCCAGUGCUGACUAUGCAUCAGGCACCUUGGGACAUGCAAAGGGCAAAUAUGAAAGAGGACACCCACAUAAACAGAGCUCUUUGGGGCCCUCAGUGUUGGGAAAAGGCUCUGGUGAACCUUGUAUCAGGCUUGAACCUGUGCUGCUUCAAGAUGCACAACAUAGUGAAAACGCCAAGACUUCUCUGACAGGCAGUGUGCUAGGCCCCUGGGAGCCCAUGACCAGGGCUCCUCAUGCCCAUGCCUACACCCCUCCCCCCUCACUGGUUCACAGUGGUCUGCUCUGUUGCCUGGUGCAGCCAAACAUGGAGGUKGUCCUGGAAGAAGUAAGCAGGGUUGUGUCUGCCUUGUCUGAAGACAUGGAAACACACCCUAGUCCUUAUGGCUGUCCGUGGGAGUUGGUGAUAUGUACAGGUAUUGUAUUUUUUGUUGUUCUCUUGUUUUUGUGGAGAAGUUAUCAGUCUGUGAGAAGCAGGUGUUACAUGAGAAGAGAAGAAAAGCUUGCUCUAAAACUUUCUGGACUAAUUGAAGAAAAAUGUGAACUACUUGAAAAAGUUAGCCUUGUUCAAAAAGAGUAUGAAGGCUUAGAGUCAUCUUUAAAGGAUGCCAUUUUGGAGAAGAAGUCAGUAGAAACAGAAAAUUUGGAGAUAAUAUAUGAAAACCUGGAUAAGUCUUUAUCUAAACUUGAGGWUGAAAUACUCUUUUUAGAAAAAGAGCUUAAAAAAGAGAAAACUAAACAUUUUCAACAAUAUGAAUUGAUGGUGGAUAUAUUAAAAAGAAUUAAGUCCCUAGAAGAUGAAUCAAAAUCCCUCAGAUUUCAAGCUAAAACAACCUUGAGAAUGUUUAAAAUGAAUAAAGAAGCAGUUGCAGUAGCAAUAAAAGAGGCUUUGAAUGAAAAUUCCCAACUUCAGGAAAGUCAGAAACAGCUUUUAAAAGAAGUUGAGGUAUGGAAAGAAAAAGUGAAUGGACUCAAUAAACAGAAAAUGACAUUUGAACACUCUAAAGUACAUGCAGAACAAGUUCUAAGAGAUAAAGAAAAUCACAUUAAGUCUCUGACUGAACACUUGCUGCAGAUAAAAGAUUGGGCUCCUGUGCUUGCAGAAGUCCCAACAAAUGAUGGUAACUUGGAGUUGGAAAUAGAGAGUGAAUCUGAAAUUUGUGCUCACUUAGAAGAUCAGCCAAAAGAGGCUUUGAAGAAACUGAUUUAUGUUGCUAAGUUAAAGGCCUCUUUUAACACCUUGGAAAGAGAAAGAAAUCAAAUUUUUCCCUUAUUAUCUGAAGUAACUGAAACAAAGGAAGACGUUAUAAAACAUAUUAAAAAUCUUAAGACAGAACAAGAAUCUUUGCAAGCAGAAAAUACACAGUUUGAAAGUAAGCAUCAUCUUCAGCAGAAACUUAAAGUCAUGAUGGAACUAUAUCAAGAAAACGUAAUGGAACUCCAAAGAAAAUUAAUAGGAGAGAAAAAUAACCAGGUAGAUCAAGAGGAGAAACUUUCCAAAGUGUAAAAAAAGAUCAGCCAUACAACUAAACUGCUGGAGACCUAUAGAAAGCGAGCCAAAGAUCUUGAAGAAUAAUUGGAGAGAACCAUUCAUUUUUAUCAAGGGCAUGUUAUAUACUAUUAGAAAAAAGCACAUGGUAAUAAGUUGGCAGCUCAGAGUGCUGAAAGAUACCUCAAUGAUUUAAGAAAACAAAAUGCUCACAACAGACAAAAAUUAACUGAAAUGAUGUUCAAUUUUAAACUUGCAAAAAAAGAUCCUUCUACACUUGAUAUUUCAAAUAUAGAUUCUGACAGACAGCAUUCCCCAAAUGUGGGAGAAGGAAGAGCCUCAAGGGGCCCAGAGAAUUCUCUGGACCAUCUGACUAGCAAUGAAAGAAGAGAAUCAAACUGUGGUAGGUUAACUGAUCCUCAGAGAGCACCUUCUGACACUGGGCCCCUGGCACCUCCAUGUCAACAGGCCCAUAUAAUGAUCCCUCCACCAGGCCAACCAUAUUUUGACCCACAGCUUCCUCUACAAAAGCAAGAUGGAUGUUAUUUUAAUCGUGGUAGACCAUCUGGAUCAGAAUUAAAAAGUUCCACUAUGCUGCCUUUGGAUAAAAUGGAUGGGUUUACAUCUUCAGAUAUUGAAUCCAGUAGAAAUGAUACCAAAUUUGAUCUUGGUGAGUCCAAGGUACCUGAUUCACCUCUCCCUGUUGAAAAUGAAGCAACUGGCUCUGGCUUUGCUUUCUCACCUUUCCCUCCAAUCAGAAGUCCACUGUUUCCAGUGGAUACAAGUAGUCAGUUUAUGAGAAAAGGACAUCUUUUUCCUCCACCUCCUCCAGGAAACAUGUAUGGAGCAUCUCUAGAAUAUUUUCCACUGGGUCCACCACCCCCUCCAUUCCCAAUGGAACCACGGUGUUUUCCUCAUUAUCUCCCCCGGAGAGCUGGAUUUCUUCCCCUGCCAUCACCCCCGCAUCCUGAAAGUAGAAGUGAGUAUCCUUUAGGAUUGAUUCCACCUUCAAAUGAGCCUGCUACUGAACACCCAGAAGCACAGCAAGAAACCUGA